ACUUACUUAUCACACUGUCUUAGUCUGAUGGUGACAUCGGAGUCGACAGGUGGUGUCCGUGUGAGACAAGAGACAUGAUGAAGCUGAAGACACUGAUCUUUAUUCUGCAGUCACUUACAGUUUCAGGAGAAUACUUCUAUUCAUACUUCACCACAUCUUACGUAGGUGCAGUGGAUGUUUGCAAGAGAAACGGUCUUCAGCUGGUGAACUUGAAAACCAGUGAAAUCAACGUUCGAGUCUCUGCGUAUAUGGGAGACAAAUCCGUCAGUGUGUGGAGCGGGCUUCACUAUAACCCUAGUCUGAGCAAGUUCCAGUGGGGAGACGGGCAGAUACUUCACUCUGCGGAUGGUCUGUCAUGGCAGGGUGGACAGCCGGAUCUUUCUCAAGGGAUGGAAUGUGCCUACAUGAAGCACAUCUCUGGAUCCUUCAUCUACAAGAUGACGUCCUGCAAGACACAAAUUGCUGCACUGUGUGACGGUGAACUUGUCACUGAAGACCUGCCCAGAGCUUGGCCAUCUUUCCUGAGGUACACAAAACGGAAUUCCACCGAGUCAAACCAAG